UUUUACGUUAUCACGCAAUGACAUCACAACGUCAUCUAGCAACUUUUAGCAACAAAUCAACCUGCGUCUAAUAUAUAUAUAUACAUAUGUACAGUGUGCUUUGGACUUGCCUCGCCUAGUCACAAAUUUAAUUUAAGCCCACCAUUUGUGUCACUUAUGGGAAAAUGUGUGAUUAAUGAUGACUUCAGAAAUGAGAGAGACUUCCCCGCCAAUUGCUGCUGGUGUAUGGAUAGCUGUCAUAUCAAGUUUCAUCAAUGGAUCGACGUUUGUGCUUCAAAAAAAGGGAAUAUUACGAUCCCGUAAAAGAGGUGGGUCCUAUCUAAAAGAUGGCGUAUGGUGGAGCGGUACACUCUCCAUGAUUGCGGGACAGAUUGGGAACUUCCUGGCCUAUAACGCAACCCCUGCUGUGGUGGUCACACCUUUAGGAGCCCUGGGGGUGCUGUUUGGGGCUGUUCUGGCCUCCUAUAUCCUCCAGGAACAGCUGAAUGUCCUGGGGAAGCUGGGCUGUGUGUUGUGUUGCUGUGGUUCUGUCGUGCUCAUCAUUCACUCCCCUAAAUCAGAGAGCGUCACCUCUAGUCUGGAGCUGGAAGAGAGGCUUGCUGAUCCAGUGUUCGUCACCUAUUCCUUGUUGGUGGUCCUACUACUGGUUGUGCUGAUGGUGUGGGUGGCCCCAGCUCACGGCACGUCCAACAUCAUGGUGUACGUGUCCAUCUGCUCCCUCCUGGGGAGUUUCACAGUCACCAGCUGUAAGGGGCUGGGCCUGGCUGCUCAGGAUGCCUUCGGCGGGGGGGGACCUUCCAGCAGCCGAGCCCUAGGUCUCUUCCUGGGUCUACUGGGAACCCUGUCCGUCAGCAUCCUCAUCCAGUUCACCUUCAUCAACAAGGCUCUGGAGCACUACAGCUCCAACACGUUUGAAGCCAUUUACUAUGUGACCUUCACAUCUACAGUCCUCAUAGCUUCAGCCAUCUUGUUCAGAGAGUGGACCACAGUGGGUUUAGUAGACUGCCUGGGCAUGCUGUGUGGGCUAACCACUGUGGCUGUUGGGGUCCUGCUGCUCCGUGUCUCCUCAGAGGCCUCACUCACCUGGAAACCAGCUGCUACAGGACCAGAUAAAAUGGAUUAAUCAGAGGCUUGUCAGUCUCAGGGGGAUUAAUGCAGUGUUUAUUGGUUCAUUUGGGGCCAUAUUUUUUUUAUCUUGAAUAACAUAUAUAUUGUGAAUUGCAUUUGUAUCUAAUAAAAUACUUGAAUAUAA